AUGUCGUUUGGAGUUGGAAUUGUCGGCGCGCUUGUGGUACUGUACCUCACAAACUUCGCGUACCGGCUAUUUCGCAACGUCAACGCCGCCAAAUCCAUCGGCCUACCUUUCUUAGUGUAUCCAAUAGAUCCAAGCAACAUCAUCUGGCUAUUGACGUCCGUCCCUUUGCGGCCAUGGUUGAAGCGCAUUCUUCCAGCGCAGAUAUGGAAACGUCUCACGCUGACGAUCUAUGGCUGGGAAUUCUACGAGAAGCGCCGCCCCUUCGAGGAAUAUGCGGCCCCCCAAGGAAAUCAAAAAUCGUUCUUGGUUGCCAGUUGCGGGCCUCUAGAGCUCCACACCGCCGACCCAAUCGUCGCUACUGAGGUGCUGCAACGAACAAAUGAUUUCAAAAUGCCACCGCUUACUGGACUGCUCCUAGGUCAGUUUGGACAUAAUGUUCUCACAACGAAUGGAGAGAGAUGGGCGAAGCAGCGCAAGGUUGUUGCAAGCGUAAUCAACGAGCGCAUCUCUAAGACCAUCUUCGAUUCAACCGUAUGUCAGACCACGGGCAUGCUAGAUGAGCUUCUUUUCAUUGGGUCCGACAGAGAAAAAGGCUCUGCUGAGUCGACAGUAAUGUUCGAUAUGAUUAAGCAAAUCACUAUCCAUGUACUAAGUGAGGCUGGUAUGGGUGUAAAGGCCCCAUGGAAGAGCAAAGACGCCGAGAGACCUAGGUCGGGUUUCAAGAUGACAUAUAUUGAAGCCUGCAAAGUUGUCAUGGAAUCUGUCACUGGGCCGAUAAUUAUCCCAACUGACAUACUUUUAAAUUGGCCGUCCUGGCUCCCCGGGUACCGGAAGUUGAAGCAGCUAGGCAUUGCCAAACGCGAGUUCCCUAUGCACACAGAAAUCCUUCUCAACCAAGAGCGUCAACGCAUUUGGAACAAGAAGACCUCAUCAGGACAAAGCAAUAUUAUGAGCCAGUUGCUUCAAGCAACAGAGGAGCAAGAUAAUGAGGCAAAAUCCCUUAGCAAAGAAGAGUUGAAUGGCAACCUCUUACUUUUCACGGCAGCGGGGUUUGAAACAACAGCAAACACCCUCUCCUAUGCCAUAGUUUUGCUUGCAAGGUAUCCGAGAUGGCAGGAAUGGCUAUUCGACGAGGUUGAUUUCUUGAUGCCUACAGACGUGUCAGAAGCUCCAGAGUAUUCCUCUGUCUUUCCAAGGGCAACGCGUAUCAUGGCAGUUAUGCUAGAAACAUUGCGUCUGUACACUCCUGUUGUUCACGUCCUUAGAACAAACGAGACACCUCAAGAGUUGAUGACAUCCGAGGGCAUGAUUUCCCUUCCAGCCAAGUCGUCCGUGAUUAUAAAUCACAUCGCACUGCAUCUUGAUCCAGACGUGUGGCCCGAUGUUAACCGGUCCUCUGACCCAUCAUGGGUCCAUACCGAUAACAAUGAACUCCCUGACGAGUCCACUUUCCGCCCUUCUCGCUGGAUCAAUCCCCUUGGGUCUGCACGCCCUAUAUAUCAACCGCCAAAGGGGUGUUUCCUUCCCUGGGGUCAUGGACCGCGUGUCUGUCCAGGACAAAAGAUGGGCCAGGUUGAGUUUGUCGCGGUCAUGUUAAAACUGCUGCAGCGCCACCGCAUAGAUGCUGUGCCGCUCAUUGGGGAGAAGCCAAGAGAAGUUGAGCAGAGAUUGGAUAAACUGCUGAACAAUAGUGUUCCAAAAAUGACUUUGAUCAUGGACGGCAUAUAUGAUGCAGACAAAACGGGAGGCGUGGGCAUGCGAUUGACUAGUCGAAAAUGA